AUGGUGGCUUUAGCGACGAAAUUUUGCCCGUUUAAACAUGUGUAUACUAAUACAUCCUACACAAAAAUUUGUAACAGAUGUUAUUUAACAAACUUGAAACAAGAACAGUAUAAAAAAAAAAUUCAUCCUUAUAAACAAAUACAUCCUUGGAAAUCGUUGGUAGAAUUUGCAGAUGAUCUUUUAAACAACAUCAUUUAUGAUAAAGAUGGAUUGGUAGUAUUAAAUAAACCAUAUGGAAUAAUUCGUGGUGGUCAGGAUGUUAAUGGUGAGAUACAUACUAGAAGAAAUAGUGUACCAAAUAGUGUAACUUACUCAAUACAAGAUGCUUUACCACAUAUUUGUAAGCAGUUAAAAUAUCCACAGUUAACUAUAUCAAAAUGUCCUGAAAAGUAUAUGAGUGGUAUUACACUUUUAGCAGCAGAUUCUAAAGUUCAACAUGCCAUAGAACUUGCAUAUGUUCGUUCUUUAUUUUUCGCAAAUACUUUCUGGUUAGUUACAGUUGGAGUUCCAAAGAUAUUAAAGGGCUCUCACCGUUUGGCAAUAAGAACAAUAUCAAAUCCUCAAUUUCAGUGGAAAAAGACAAUUCUUACUACAUCAUGGUCACAGAAUGAGGAAAAAUCUCGUAAAAUAAAACUGUUUAAGUGUGAAUACGAAGUGUUAUCCAACUCUACGCUCAAUUUAUGUUCCUUAAUUCAGUUAAAAGCAUCCACAAUGGCAAGGCAUGCACUUAGACUAUUUGCAGCCACACUUUUAUAUACCCCAGUUUUGGGAGAUAAUAUUUAUGCAUCACAGAUCCAGAAAGUUGGAGAUACUUAUUUAAAAAUUGAUCCAUUUCUUAGUUGCCCCGAACCUCCGAAAUUGGAUAUAAGACUUCUCCAGUUGUUGGAUGUGUCCAGCAGACAAAGAGAAAUUAUUCCUGCUCACAUUCACCUAAGAUCUACAAUAUUACCAUCCUUUUUUGGACAAGAUAUAUUACUCGAAGCUCCUUUACAUCCAUCCUUUAACUGGACAUUUAAACAACUUGAGUUUAAAUAUUUAAUAUAG